AUGAACUUCGUGGGACCCACAAAAUUAUUCAAGGAGCCAAAGGUUGAAAAGGGGGCAGAAAUAAACUACAAAUCAAUAUGUAGUAACAAAAAGAACAAAACGAGGAUUAUCUCAAAAGGCCACAAUACUAUGAAAGAAUGUAGAAGAAAAAGGGGAAUAGAAAAGCAAUUAAACGAGCGAAAACAGCGUUUGGCAACAGAUUCUUCAGGUGCUAUUCAAUCACCUAUUUUUAUGAAAAAGAAAUGCACGGCUUUUAACUUAGCAAGUCCGAUAACGAGAAAAAAUGUUACUGUAUAUAGCGGAAAUAUGAAUAUCGUAAAUAGAGAUUUCCAAAAGAUUGGGCUGUGUAACAGAAAAGAGUUACAAAAUCAAAAUGAAUUAAUUAGUCGUGUCUUUGAUAUCAGCGUUCGAGUUAGUAAAUUCAAUAUCAAGGAAGUUACUAUAUAUGCACUCUAUACAGAAAUGCAGCAAACUCUUGGUCGAAUGAAAAGGGCUCAAAUUCUCGAAAGUAAAUGUAAAAAGGAUUCUAGUCAAAAUCCGUUUACCCUUUCUCUUUUAUACUGUCUCACAAGGGAUCACCCUUUUCCCUAA